UGCUUCCGCAACAACUUGUUUAGCGCCGCAGCGCUCCUUUCACACCGCUCACCCGGGGCCCCUACCGAUUACUUCUCCGCGAAAACGGCACUUCCAAGGAAGAUUUUAUUGUGUCCAUUGAAAGACUGGGCCUGCCCUUCAAUCUCCAUCGCAACCACUGUCUAUGACCGCAACACGCCUUCACAGGAGGAGCCUAGACGCACGAGAGCCUCCGUUCCAAUCCAACUCCAAAGCUGGAUAAACGACAUUUCUCUUUUCUUAUUGGUUGAGAGAUGUCAUGACAAAAGGGAGGCGCGCGUCAGCUUGGGCCGUUGCAGACACAAGCAAUGCUAACAUUGGUGGUGCUACCUAUUGUGCGUCCGAACAUUUGAUUGCAGUACGGAGACACAUGGAGUAUUGCCCUCUCUUUCAGACCAAUAAAAUUUGUUGUGUUGCCAAUUCACAAGGCUCUCGGUUUUUCGGCUCGUCCAUCCUGUUUCUCGCGCAAAGAUUUAACAUAAUUACUCAACGAUAGCUUCAAUCAUGUUGAUCUUAGACAGGUGAAUUUUCCAUCAGUUAUUCCCAGAACUCUUAUGAAUAUGAUGCUUAUUUUAUAAUGGAGAUUAAGAGUUUAAUUACGAACAAAUUCAU